AUGGUAUGGGAGCUUGAAAACGAAGAGCUCGGUCUUCUCUGGCUGGCACAAGCGCGACUGCUGACUCAGGUAGCUGCGCUGUAUUUCGGACAGCCAAAGGCUUUCACCUACGCCCACCAUCUCGGCGCCUUGCUUGUCGCUCAAGCUCGGAGGAUGGAUCUCUUCUCAGCCGCAUAUUUUGACAAAGCUAUGCAAAGGCUACAACGCAUGAAAGACACUGCUUCAGAUGAGGAGCGUCUGGAGAUGUGGUUACAACUGGAGACACGUCGACGAUUAGCAUUCGGUAUAUUCCGCGGCGACAGCUACACUAAUCGACCUUCAGCUGCCAAUGUGCGACGCUGUAUGGCGAAGCAAGAAGAUGUCCCCUAG